UAUUGUAUUUACUUUUUAUUUUAGUUAAAUUAUUUUUGUAAUAAAAUGAAAAAACUAUAAAUAAAAUCUGAAAUUGUGAGACAAAAUGAGACAGCGAGAUUCAGAAGUAAGCUUGUGUAUCAAAUACUUACUCUUCUUCUUCAAUGUUUUUUUCUGGUUAAUAGGAUGUUUCAUUAGUGGCAUUGCAUUGUGGGCCCGUGUGGCAUAUAUGCAGGAAAAUAAUUCAAUAUCAAUGUUUAGUGGUUGGAACUUAGAUCCAGCUUUCAUUUUCUUGUUUGUUGGUGUGGUGAUGUUCUUACUUGGUUUUUGUGGCUGUGUAGGAGCUCUAAGAGAAAACAUUUGUUUACUUAAAUUUUUUUCAAUAUCGCUGUCUAUAAUUUUUUUUAUACAACUUGUGACUGGAGUGCUUGGUUUUGUGUUUCGUCGCAAGAUCCAGGCUCUUGUAUCUUCCAAGUUACAAGAUACUAUCGUUAACUAUAGAAACAAUGAUAACUUACAAAAUCUUAUUGACUACUCACAGAUGACAUUUAAAUGCUGUGGACUGGUGAGUUACUUAGACUGGCAAAAUAAUAUAUACUUUAAUUGCUCCCAGUUGGGCCCAGAAUCCUGUUCCGUUCCAUACUCAUGCUGUAAAAUUGAUAGAAUAAAUACAUAUUGUGGUAAAAAAGUAUUAAGUGAUGUUCAAAUGACGUCAGCUGAUCGUGAAAUGAAGAUAUAUACCCAAGGGUGCAUUGAUGGAAUUUCACAAUGGUUUAUGGAGCACCUGAUAGUUGUGGGUGGUAUUGCAGUUGGUAUUGCAUUACUUCAGGUUAUUGGAAUCGUGUUUGCUACAACUCUUAUCUCAGAUAUUCGACGACAGUUAGCGAAAUGGGAUCAACCGCGCGGUUGGCACACCCCUCUUUAUCCAAACGACAUGUAAAUAGACCUAUAAAUAAAUAGUCCUUUUAAUAAUAAACUUUUUUCUAAUAAUCAUAUUUAUCUAAAAUUAAUAUUUAUUUCA